ACUAGACAGCAAUUGAGAUCUUGUAACAUUGGACACGCGUCCAAGAUCUUCUGCACGAUUCUUUCCUCGGAAAACGAGGUGUUUGAUGGGUCCACAUCUCGUACAUUUGGCAAUGGUAGUAGUCGAGUCCACAAUGAGGGAUACGAGCAGAAUUCGAUUCGUCUAGGUCAAGUGGCUUGCAAAGUUCUGAGCUCUGCAGAAACUAUGGUGACGACAUGGUUCGACAUAAUUCUGUGUUCACGAUACUUUAGUGGUCACGAUGAAGGGUGGCCUCAACUCAGACGAGUGCAUGGGAUCGUAGCAGAUAUCUAUACACCUCCAGAUUGUAUACAGCAAAUACCACCUUCAGUACAGCGAAUCGAUAUAUCUAGCUUUGGGAAGCAAUGGAACCACAUCUCCGCUCCUGAGGUACAAGAACUCCGAAUUCUUGAUGUCAAAAGGGACUGGUACAACAUCGAAGAAACAGAGCAAGAACAGGCAUAUGCUUUUGACCACUCUCAAUGGCCAAAUCUAAAGGUUCUAGGAAUCUGGAUUGGGGGUCCGAUUGGACGAUAUAAACCCUCUACUUUACUUGGAUCGACCAAUGAUGACCGUUUGUUGGCACUUGGCAAGAGAUCCGACACAAUUUCCCAACCUCCGUUCGAUAGAUAUGAAGGAGAUACCAGAAUGGGAUAUCUUAUUCAUCAUGCUCGAGCGACGUAA